GAAGUAGAGGUAGAAAGGACACAGAAGGUAAGGGUGGGAGAAAACAACACGAUAAUAAUCGCAACGUUGAAAUCGUGGGAGGAGAAGAUGAGGGUAAUGAGAGAGAAAGGUAAAUUGGGGAAGGGGAUAUACAUAGACAACGACCUAACGAAGAAAGAAAGAGAAAUACAGCGAAGGUUAAGAAGAAUAGCUAGAGCAAAAAGGGAAAAGGGGGAAUACGGAAAAGGGGGAAUACGUAAAAAUAGAUUACAAGAAGCUGAAGAUAGAAGACAGAUGGUACAGGUGGAACGAAAGCGAAAAGAAACUAGAGGAAGAAAGAAGGAGAGAGGCGAGAGGAUGAGAUAAGGAGAAAGAAAGGGGGGGGGACAUAAAGGGGUUGAAAAUGUGCUUCUGGAACAUAGCAGGGAUAAUGAACAAGGACAAAGAGGUAUGGGAAUAUUUGAGGACAUUUAACAUAAUCGGCCUCACGGAAACAUGGACAGAGGAAAGCAAAUGGGAAAGGGUAAAGCAUAGACUGCCCAAGGAAUACGACUGGAAAUGCAGGGCAGCAAGGAGAGAAUGGAGAAAGGGAAGGGCAAAAGGGGGUAUAAUAACAGGCGUAAACAAAAAUCUGAGGGAAAUAGAGUAUAAGGAAAUAGGUGACGACAUAGUAGAAAGAAAAAUAAGGUACAAGGAGAAGAUAUAUAGAAUAGUGGUGGUGUAUAACCGGGACAAGAAAAGGACAUGGAAAGAAACGGAAGAAAGAGUAGAGGGGAGGGAAGAGGAAGUGACGAUCAUAGGAGGAGACUGGAAUGCAAGAACGGGAGAAGAGGGAGGGCUGAUAAACGAGGAACUAGGAAAAGAAAAGAGCAGGAGAUCAAAAGACAAGAAAAUAAGUAUGGAAGGAAGAAUGCUGCUAAGGUUGCUGAAUGAAAGAGGCUGGACGAUAAUUAACGGUCGAGACAAAGAAGGAGACGAGUGGACCUAUGUGGGGGAGAGGGAAAAAUCAGUAAUAGACUACGUGAUUGGCAACCAGGAAGCGAUAGAGGAAAUAACAGACAUGAAGGUAGGAAAAAGAGUAGAGUCCGUUGCCGUUGGAAAUAGAAAUAGAGGGACCAGAGUUACAAAGAGAUGAGGAAAGAAAAGAGGAAGAGAAGGAGAGAAGGGAAUGGACAAAAGAAAGUGUGGGAAGAUAUUUAGAGGAGUGCAAAGACUGGAUAAGCAGAGGAAGAACAGUAGAGGAAAUGUGGGCAGAAAUUAAGAAGAAGAUAAACGAGGCAAUACCAAAGAAAAGAGUAAGGAUAAGAAAAUGGAGCAUAGGAGAAAAGGUAUGAUACGACAAGGAGUGGAAAGAAAGGAAAAGGGAGAUAAGAAGGAAAAUGACAAAAUUUAGAAAAGGAAAAUGCAGCAGAGAAGAAUUCAUAGAGGAGAAGAAGGCAUUCAAACAGUGGUGUAAACAAAGAAAGGAGAAACAGGAAGAGGAAGAGAUGGAGAAAAUCAACAAGAUCAAAACAGAGCAAGAAGCAU